AUGGAAAGCUUAAUUGCAAAGAUACAGCAGGAGGCUGCUUCAGCCAGUUAUGUAGCACGUAAAAAGCUGCUAGACACCUUGCGAGACUUGCAAUACAGCAUCGAGACUCCUGAGGAUGCUAUGCAGAGAGUUAUUCACAUGAACCUUCACUUUGCUUCGAUCAAGACAGCUCUUGACUUGAACCUCUUCAAUGAUAUUCUUGACAACUCAGAGCCCUCAACUAUCGAGAACUUGGCAGCCAAGCACGAUGCAGACCCUCAACUUCUCGGUCGCAUUUUAAGAUACCUGGCGUCGCUUGGAGUAAUUAAAGAGACUGACAGAGACACCUUUGUUGCAACACCCUAUACAUCCAACCUCGGAAAACCCGAGAUCCAAGCUGGCUUGUAUGUCUAUUUUGAUAUGUGUAACCCAACAUAUCAAGAAAUGCCUCGUUAUCUUGCGGAAACUGGUUACAAGAAUCCCACAAGUUUCACAGACGGUAUUUUCCAAAGGGCUCACAAAACCGACCUGCACACGUUUGCCUGGGUGCAUGGUGAUCCCGUGAGAAGUGCUCACUUCAAUCACUUUAUGAAAGCCCAACGCGGAUCCCAAGUCAAAUGUUUCGAGCUUUACCCCUUUGACAAGGAGAGUGAGGGCUGGCCAUCGGAGAAGCCCCUGUUUGUGGAUGUUGGUGGUGGCGCCGGAUAUCAAACUGCCUCGUUCAAGGAGAAAUUCCCUAAUCUGCCCGGUCGUGUGGUCCUGCAAGAUCUGCCAGAGCCAGUCGAGGACGCCAAAUUAGUAGUUCCAAGCGACGUCGAGCGAAUGGUGCAUAAUUUCUUCGAACCACAGCCCAUUAAAGGUGCCAAGUACUACUAUUUGCGAAUGAUCUUGCACGACCAUACAGAUGAGAAUAGCAAAAAGAUUUUGGCCAAUCUGGUCCCAGCUCUGGAGAAAGACUCUCUUAUCUUGCUUGAUGAAAUGGUUUUGCCCACUAAGCACGUGGAUGAGCCAUCUACACAAGCGGAUUUGACUAUGAUGGCGUUCCAUAGCUCGAUGGAGCGGUCCGAGGAUCAAUGGGCGACGCUUGUGGGAGCGGUAGGAUUGAAGGUCAAGAAGGUUGUGAUGUACGCGCCGGGCUUUAAUCUGAGUGUUGUUGCAUGUGGGCUGUAA